AUGUCCGGGGCUUUUACCCAUGUGUUCACCUUCGGCCCGACCUUUCGAGCAGAAAACUCGCAGAGUCGCCGGCACCUGGCAGAGUUCUAUAUGGUAGAGGCUGAGCUGUCCUUCACCGAAAGCCUCCAAGACAUCAUGCAGGUUAUGGAAGAUCUCUUCAAGACAACGGCAAGCACUGUUCUCUCCAAAUGUCCUCGUGAUGUCGAGCUUUUUCAUAAAUAUAUAGCUCCUACCCAGAAGGACAGGUUGGAACAAAUGCUGAAGAACAAAUUUGUGACAAUUUCCUACAAUGAAGCAGUGGAAAUUUUGAAGCAAGCUUCUCAAACUUUCACUUUCAAGCCAGAGUGGGGCUGCGACCUCCAAACAGAACAUGAAAAGUACCUGGUGAAGCACUGUGGUGAAGUUCCCGUGUUUGUGAUUAACUACCCAUACGACCUCAAACCUUUCUACAUGCGGGACAAUGAAGAUGGACCUCAACACACAGUUGCAGCUGUUGAUCUCCUCGUACCAGGAAUAGGAGAAUUGUGUGGAGGCAGCUUGAGAGAGGAGCGACUGCCCUUCCUCGAGUCACGCUUACAGAGACUAGGACUCACAGAUGCCUAUCAAUGGUAUCUAGACCUCCGAAAAUUCGGCUCAGUUCCUCAUGGAGGCUUCGGAAUGGGGUUUGAACGCUACCUGCAGUGCAUCUUGGGAGUUGACAAUAUCAAAGAUGUUAUUCCUUUCCCCAGGUUUUCUCACUCCUGUCUCCUGUAGUUCAGCAGUUGACUCAUGUAGAAAACUGCUGGUAUGACUAUAUGUAUAUAACAUAUUAGGAUAUGACUAUGUGUGUCUUAGUAGGAAAUCAAGAUAAUUUUUCUAUCAGUGAAACUCUUGGUAAAUUUAAUACUGGCUUAUUGAAAAUAAUAUAUGUUCUGGUGAGAGUAUGGAAGCACACUUGCAGUUAAUUUGAUAGCAGUUUGUGUCUUCAGUGUGCUUCAGGAGUAUUAAUAAAUCCCACUUAACUAAAGGGUUAAGAUUCUCACGAGACUGGUACAAGCCAUGGAAGUACUGAAUAAGCGUUGUUGGGAGGUAGUGGGCGUUUUAUGUGAAAUAUUAAUAAGGAAGUGUGACCUAGAAUGGCCUGGAGCCAGGACUGCUGUGAGG